GUGGUCAGCUAAGUGGCACAAGUCCAAGUUUAGGCGCUAGGCGCCGUAUAUUGAGAGUACUUUAUUGUCGGGUUCGUUAUACGUACAUUUUCUAAGCGAUAAAUAUUAGGAAAAAUCCUUAUUGUCCGCUAACUUAUUGUCCGCUAGCUUGACUUAGGCAAGCGCACAUGCAGAUGUGAAAACUUCACAAGCACCAGUCACUAAAAAUCCCCAAAUUGAGGAAGUUGCCUUGGUAAAGGAUGUGCCUUCCAUUGAGAAACAUACUGAAAGACAUCUCUCUUUGGUUUUGCCUUCAAUAAUAGAUCAGACUUCUGAUGUAGCCACAAUUACUUCCACUGUGUCCUGUACCAUUGCUUCACCAAAAAGGACCAUUGCAACUACUCUCCAGGCAGCUGCACCUGCUUUUCCUAUUGUUGAGAGCUGGAAAUCAAGUAUACCAAAAGUGGAUAUACCAUGGAUAUCCAGAACUUUGUUUUCCACCACAGCAACAGGAAAACCAGUGCUGGAUGAUUGAAAAAUUGAUCGGCUGUGGUAUCAUCCACCAACGGCACAGCUUAUUCCAACUAGCAAACCAAAGUUAGAUAGGUACUUUAGUCAUCGUUUAUUCCUGUGGAUGCCCAACAGGAUCUUCAAAAUCAGCUAGAUCCAGGAACACGAUCCAAGUUCCCUAUUCAGAUUUUGUAUAAAACUGCCUGUGACAACCGAGUCAUCUUCCUUUUACACCAACGUGGUCUUGGUAAUAGCCCAAGCCAACUACAAAAAAAAUUUACUGAGCUUCACAAUACUGCUUGGACAACAAAGGAACUGCAGUAUCUGUCGGACUGCAAGGUAUAUGGUAGAGCCUGUGAUAAUCGAUUGGUUGCGCCAGUAAACUUUGAUGAACCACCUAGACAAAUUCCAGUACCAAAGUACCAGUGGUUCAUUAGGGUGUACUGCCAGGAAGUCUCACAGCGUUUGGUUGAAGUGAAAGCUUCCAUUACCUCAGUCUUUGGCAGGGUUUUAAAGCUUGAUUCCACCAAAAAGCUUACCAAGAAGUUGGCAGGUGAGGCAUCACGCACAGAAGGCUGGGCGACAAGUGUCAGCAAUGAACACGGACAGGUGCUUCAGUGUGUCCUGACAGUUGGAGAAGGAGAAGGCAUUGGUAAACUGGUGGAAGGCAUUGUUUCCCGAUACACGACUGCCAAUGUCAGCCCUCCAGUGCUUCUUUACGUUGACAGUCACUGUUGUGGGAAGCACAAGACCAUGGACAUCUUCAGAAGUGCAUGGCCAGAUUUGCUCAUACGCCUCGAUAUAUGGCAUUUUAUGCGGCGACUGGCUACAUGUGUUACUACAGACACCCACCGUCUGUAUGCAGCAUUCAUGGGCCAACUCUCUCAUGCCAUAUUCCAAUGGGAUAAAUCUGACCUUGCUCUUCUGAAGACAGCAAAGAGAAGUCAGUUCGUGCUAGAGGGAAAGUACGACGUUACGGAGGCUGAUGUCCUUGACGGCUUAACCCGUAAAGAGAUGGCCCAACAUUGCCGACGUCGUACGCAGGGGACAGAGGAAACCAUCAGAUUGCUCCAACAGAUUCUUGAAAUGUUUGAUGGGGACCAAGGGAAGGAUACCAUGGGUGUGCCUCUUUUCCAUCGGGAAAGGAUAUGGGAGGAAUGGAAGAUUCAGAAGAACCACAUUCAGUGCCUCCAGGAUCCAGACAACAUGCCUCUAUAUACAAAGACAGGUAUCCUGAAGAAAGGCUUAGUGGAACUUCCGGUAUACAGAUGUGCCCGUGGUUCCACUUCACUGGAAUCCUUCCAUCUGGCUCGCUUCAUUCCUGGGACCAGUGCCAAUGCCAACAACUUUCAGGCAUACUUGUUGGAGGGUUUAAUGCGCUGGAAUGAGGACAGGACAACGGCUGCAACUUCCUCCCAGGCCGAUCUGCAGGUUUAUUCCUCAAAGCUGAGGCACUUUACCAACUCCCUGUCAGAGGAGGUAUUGGGUCAGAGGAUAUUCCAACAACAUAAAGACCCUCUGCAGUACACGGGAGAACUGAUUGGAAUAGAAUAUAUAUUCAAUCAAACGGGAAAAGCCUUUCAGGUUGAAAAACCAGCAGACCCUGAAGAAGAGGAGGAAGAAAUCCAAGAUGAGGGUUUUGAGGAUCUUGAGGACUUUGAAGAUCCUACCAUAAAUGUUGCACAGCCCAUUUUGUCCCCAGGAAAAUCUCCCCCACCUCAAAAGUCUUCUGCACAAAUGACAAUGGAGAAGAAUAGGCCAUCACGUAAUUUGGUUCAGUUACCCCAGGAAUGUAACCUGCCCGACACAGAGUUCUCAGCACCCUCUCUGGAGUCCCUUAAACAGAGCAGUGCAAUGCCUCAUAUGGCCUCUGUUGAUGCUGUUGCAUCUGCAUCCAGAGCUCCAGAAACAAUCUCUGAGGGCUUUGAAGGACCUUAUAAUGCUGGCGGUUAUGAUCAUGUCGUAUCUAUGGCUGAAUACCUUUACCACCUCCACGACAAAACUGUUAAAGCAGUAUCCAAUUCGGAGGCAGACCACAUCAUUUCAUUGUGGAAAGCAUUAGCUGAGGUGGACAGAUCACCCACUAAGUUUAGGGACCAGUACAAACCUCAGCUAAUUAAAGGUCGCUUCAAAGCUCCUAAGCAGACACGGACAUAAUUGCUGCCGGGGGUACAAAGUGUGAAACGCUGUGCCCUUGCUCCUCACCUUGGCCCUGCAUCUUGGCCUGACAGCAAUAGAUACCAAGAGGCCCUAAUUUCAAAGCUUUGUAUGAGGUAUCCAUCCUUAACAUCCAAGGAUGGUAGACGUCAGGCCAGAUGGAACUUGGUCAUAACAGCAUACAACACCAUCAGGGAGAUGCUGUUCAACUGCCCAAGGGUGAUGAGGGAGACAAAACUGCAGCUGUCAGAUAUCAGCCAUCGAACGCUGACUGCUUGGUUCAGUGCCAGAGGAAAGAGACGUGAAAGGGAGACAUUGGAGCAGGGGCUGCAGUUACCAUCCGCACCUGCAGUUGCACAGGAACCACUUGCUCCACCUCUACAAAAACCAGAAUCCCUUCCGUCUGGUUCAGCUAAUACCAUACAAUAUGUAAUCAAUGAAAAUACUUCAGGACAAAGAAAAAAGGCACGGAGACAGAUAUUCCCAAAGGAACCUGUGUUAUUAAAUCCUGUUCCAGUCCCAAUUCUACCAACACCAGUCAAUAACCAGCCACUUCAAAUUCAAAUCACACACUUCACUCCAGUUUCUAAUUCAACACAGUUCACCCUAGUUUCUUCUACAGCAUCAAUUCAGACGUUGGAUACACCAUCAACUCCACCAAUCAACAUGAGGAAGUUGCCAUACUCAACUAAAUUUUACCAAAAAAGGAAACUUGAGGCAGAGAUGGCAGGAGAGUGUAAAAGAAAGUAUGUUAAAAUGGCUGAUGUUAAAUUGUGUUUGAAAUGUGGACAGGACAGGAAAAUUAUUCACCAUCCACAGUAUUACGGUCACAUUUAUUGUUCAACAACAGCUGGGAUUCCGCAUCAGGAAUGGGUAGCUGACCUAAAAAGUAGAGGUAUUGGAAAAAGGAAGGACAAAAAUCAAUAAGGAAAAUAACUUUCGAUUACUACAAAACUUCUUUGCUUUGGAAUUCUGCACUCUUGGACACUAAAGAUUUCAAUAACCAACUUUUCUGACAAUGUCGUGAUUACUGAAUGGAACAUUAUUUCGGACUUCUCAUAUAAUUAUGAUAAUUUGUUUUGGACAGUGAAAUAAAAAAUAACAUUCCUAAU